UUAUAAUUUACUCAUAUUUUUAAUCCAGAAUUUCAAUUGCUCUUUUUUCUCGAUGCCUAUCUGCGUUUGAGAGUACUCGCUGUAUAGCUUGCAUUCUGAAACAGACGUGUGAUUUUCACACAGAUUGACGAGGUGUAAAUCCUUCGCAUAUGAGUAAAAUGUCACCGGCCAAACUUUCCGUCGCCGUUGUGCAUCUAACAAGAAAACAGCGCAAGCGUUUCAAACGAAAAGUGAAAAUCAAGGCUAAAAGGGUUGCACAAAAGAAGAAGAAGAAGAACAGUCUGGAAGAGAUAGAAAACGUUACCCCUCUCGUGAAGAAGUACUGGUUCCAAAGGUACAAUCUUUUCUCCAGAUACGACGAGGGCGUCAAGCUGGAUGAAGAGGGUUGGUUCUCCGUCACGCCGGAGGAAAUCGCCGCUGGCCAGGCACGCCGGUGCGCCGGCGCCGGAGUCGUCAUUGACGCAUUCGCCGGCGUUGGUGGAAACGCCAUUCAGUUCGCCAAAGUGUGCCGUCGUGUUGUUGCUGUUGAAAUAGACCCGAACAAGGUGGCCCUCGCGAUUCAUAAUGCUAAGAUUUAUGGCGUACGAGAUAAUAUUGAUUUCAUUGUUGGGGAUUUUUUCCAGCUUGCACCUUCUUUGGAGGGGGAUGUAGUAUUUCUUUCACCACCUUGGGGAGGCCCAUCAUAUAAGGCAAACGAAACGUUUACUCUCGACUUGUUGAAGCCAAAAGAUGGAUAUUCCUUGUUUCAAGUUGCUCAGGCUAUAACACCUAACAUCAUCAUGUUCUUGCCUCGUACCACUGAUGUGCUUCAAGCAAGAGAACUUUCAUGGCUGUCAUCUCCUCCAUUGAAUAUUGAGAUAGAAGAGAAUUUCGUGAGGGGCAGAUCAAAGGGAAUAACCGUGUAUUUUGGGGACUUGGCAUUCUCAUAGCUUGGUAUGCUAUGCUGCUCAAGUUUUGAUCAGUAUCUGAUUGAUAGUUGUAUAAAAGGUAAACAUUUGGGUACAUAUGAGAGGGAAUGCCGUGGGACUCAUUUAUCUCAUGUUAUAUUUGUAUACUAGUACGUAACCCGUGCGAUGC